GUAUCAUCAUACGACUCACUCACUCACUCAAUCAAUGAAUGUGUGCUUUGCUUUGUGCCUUCCUUCCUUCCUUCCUUCGAUUACUUACUUUACUGAUUCUAUUUCCAUUCCUUCAAAGCUGUUAUUAUAUAUAUAAUCUCUACACAACAACGCAACAGAACUUCAAAUACAUUUGCUACUACAAAUUUAUUCCACAAAUUUAAAAAGGAAGGAAGAAGAUUCAUUGUUCAUUCAUACUGCAAAUAAUAAUCGAAGAAGCGUCUACUCAUGUUGUUUAUGAGUAGAUGUUAGCUGCUGGGGAGAAAGGAACACUAUACUGGUCAAAAGACAAACAUUGAUUGAGAAGAACAUGAAUCAUAGUGAAUGUUAGCUGCUGCUGCCCAGAAGGGAACUGAGUGGUCAAGAAACAUUGAUUGAGAUGGAGGGUUUCCUAUUAGAUGUGGGGAAGACAUUUGUAGAGAAAUGUAUAAUCGGUGCAAUAGAAAAAUCACGUUAUCUAUUUUGCUUCAAGUGCAUUGCUAAGGAAUUCAAUGACGAAAAGGAUAAGUUGGAAGCAGAAAGGAAAACUAUGAGACAACGUUUUGAAGUGGCUAUUGACAAAGAUAAAGAUAUUCAAUUUAAUGCUCAAUUUUGGGAAGAGCAUGCUGAGAAGCUCAUUCAAGAGGACACUAAGACAAAACAAAGAUGUUUUUUUGGAAUUUGUCCUGAUUGCAUAUGGCAAUAUAAAAGGGGAGAGGAGUUGGCAAACAAGAUAGAGGAAACUAAAAAAUUGGUUGAAAAGGCAGAGAAACUUGAAAAUAUUGAACUCGCUCGUCGUCUACCAGAUGUUGAGCGUUAUUCUUCUCAAUAUUACAUUUCUUUUAAAAGUAGGGAGUUGAGAUACAAAGAGCUUUUGGAUGCACUAAAAGAUGACAGAUACUAUACAAUUGGAUUGCAUGGGAUGGGGGGCACAGGUAAAACUACAUUGGCAAAAGAAGUGGGCAAACAACUUAAGGCUUCGAUGCAAUUCAAUCGUGUUAUCAUUACUACAGUGUCAAAUACUCCUAAUAUAAAAAAGAUUCAAGAUGAUAUCGCCGGACCCUUGGGAUUGGUAUGGGAGGACAACAAUGAGUCAAACAGGCCUGAAAAGCUAUGGAACCGAUUAACCAAUGGUGAGAAAAUUCUUGUGAUAUUGGAUGAUGUGUGGGGAUAUCUCAAUUUUGAUGACAUAGGGAUUCCAAAUAGUGAUAAUCACAAAGGAUGCAAAGUUCUUGUAACCACACGAUAUUUGUGGGUAUGCAACAAAAUGGCAUGUGGAAUAACAAUUCAACUAGAGCUCUUAUCCGAAGAAGACGCAUGGGCCAUGUUCCAAAGGUAUGCUGAGCUAAGUAAUAUUUCCUCCAAAGGUCUUCUCAAACAGGGACGCAAAAUUUCACUUGAAUGCAAAAGAUUACCUGUUGCAAUUUCUACCAUCGCCAGCAGUUUGAAGGGACAAAAAGGUCGAGAAGAGUGGGAUGUUGCCUUAAAGUCCUUACAAAGGCCAAUGUCCAUGGGUGAUGUUGAUGAAAAUUUGGUUGACAUUUAUAAAUGUUUGAAGUUUAGCUAUGAAAAUUUGAAGGACAAAACAGCCAAGGAAUUGUUCCUCUUAUGUUCUGUAUUCCAAGAAGAUGAAGUGAUCUCUACUGAAAUAUUAACUAGACUUGGCAUAGGAGUCGGCCUCUUUGGGCAAGGUUAUGACAAAUACAACGAUGCUCGAAAUCUAGUAGUUGUAGCCAAAAAUAAACUCAUUGAUUCAUGUUUACUCCUUGAUUCAUGUUCAUUUUUUAAGACAAGAGAUGUUAAAAUGCAUGACUUGAUUCGUGAAGUAGCCCAAUGGAUUGCGAACCAAGAGAUUCUAGUGGUAGAUUCUUCUAACAAAAAUCAAAAGUCAUCAUUGGCUGGAAGAGAUAAUAUCAGAUAUUUGUUAUUUGAUGGAAAUCCAAUGGACUUGUGUUCCUCUAGGUUUGAUGGUUCUAAACUUCAGAUUCUGAUUCUAAUCAUGGUCACAGCUGGCUUUGUGGAUUCUUUCUUUGAAAAUAUUGCAGGGCUUCGAGUUUUGAAUUUGAUAGUAGAUGAACAAGUUACUUUAUCAUUACCACAAUCAAUUCGGUCAUUGACGAAUAUUCAUUCUCUAUUAAUUAAAAGUGUCGAUUUGGGUGACAUCUCUGUUUUGGGAAGCCUGCAAAGUCUUGAGACACUUGAUUUGAAUCAAUGUACAAUUGAAGAACUUCCACAAGAAAUUGCUAAAUUGAAGAAACUUCGAUUGUUGAACUUGGAAAAGUGUAAAAUUAUAGAUAAGAAUCCAUUUGAAGUUAUCCAAAGAUGCCCAUCACUUGAGGAAUUGUACUUCAGGCUUAGUUUUAAUAGUUUUUGUCAGGAAAUAACCUUACCUGCAUUGGAAAGGUAUCAACUCAUUGAUGUUUUUAGUGAUAUGUACGAUUUUUCACUAUCAAAAUAUGUGUCUCUUCAACAUAAUUAUUUGUCAGAAGCUACAGUUAAGCAAGUGAUUCCAACAGCAGAGAUUCUUGGAUUGGAAGGAACUAAGAAGGGGUGGAGAAAUCUCAUGCCGGAAAUUGUUCCUAUGGAUCAAGGUAUGAAUGAUCUAAUUGAGCUUCGUUUGACAGAUUUUUCACAACUAGAGUGCCUCAUAGACACUAAACAUAUUGGUUCUCCAGUACCAAAUGUGUUUUCCAAUUUAAAGGAGCUGACACUAAAAUCAUGCUCAACAUUGGUUUUUGUUUUUGAUUUGUCAACUUCUCAAAGUCUGUUGCAGCUAGAAAGGUUGGUAAUAUGGGAUUGUGAGCAAUUGAAAAACAUAGUUACUAAUGAAAGGAAAUCAGAUGACAAGAGUUGCAACAUAUUGUUUCCAAAGCUGAAAGUUGUCGAUAUUGAGAGAUGUCAGCAAUUACAAUUUAUAUUUCCACUUUUUUCUGUGGAAGACCUUUUGUUAUUGGAAACUAUCGAAAUAGCAAGUUGUCGUAAUCUGAAACACAUAUUUGGCCAACACCAAGAUGUGGAACUUGCUUCACUGAAAACAUUGCAGCUACGUUAUGUGCCAAAUUUCAUCGGCAUAUUUCCAGAAUCAAAUGAUUUAUUUGAAGGGUCAUCUCAUUCCAUUUCAAAGCCACAAACACAAUUGGAGGUGGAGCCUAUCAAAUCCAAUAAGUUCCCAUGGAGUCAUGUGUGUUGUUAUGGAUAUAAUAAUAAAUUGAGGGAUAGCAGUAGCAGCACAAGUACUAAGAUUCCAAUCCCAUCGGUAUAUGAGGAUCAACCGCAACAUUGCUCAAUCUCAUUGGUAACAUUCUCUCAUAUAUUUUUAAUGUUAACUUUUGAUAUUUUUUCUUUUUUGACUAAAACUUUUGAUACUUUUUCUUGUUAAUGUUUUACUAGUAUAAUACCGUGCUUGCGUAAGCACGGGUCGCGACAUUGUUGCGAUUUUUUUAUCAUAGGACGAAUAUUGUAUAGUGCGAAAUUAGUCGGUUAAAAAUAUAACUCCCUCCGUUUUAAAUUACUUGUCAUUUUAGAAAGAAAAAAAAAUAACUAAGAAAGUGUAGUUUUGCACUUUAUUUUCCUAUUAUACCCUUAUUUUAAUUCAUUGAUAAUUUUUUUUUUGCACACACUUUCUCUUUCCAAUAAAUUUAAUAUAUUAUGUUCCAAAAAAAAAA